ACAGUUCCCUGUCCCUCCCUGCUGAGCCUCCUCCUAUCCGUGUGGCUCCAGGUUCUCCAGUUUCUCCUGAGCCAGAAGGGAUGUCGACCUCCAAGCUGAUGAGGGCCAUCAGAGUCAGUGAGUUCGGGCCGCCGUCCGUCCUCAAGCUGUGCUCUGAUGUUGAGGUGCCAAAACCCGGACACAGACAGGUGUUGAUCCGUGUCCGUGCAUGCGGUGUGAACCCUGUGGAAACGUACAUCCGCGCUGGGACCUACAGCCGCAAGCCCACCCUGCCAUACACACCGGGCUCCGACGUAGCCGGGGUGGUGGAGGCUGUCGGAGAGGGAGUCUCCACAUUAAAAGCAGGGGAUCGUGUUUUCACCACAGCCACAGAGUCGGGGGGUUACGCAGAGUUUGCCGUCGCAGCGUCUGACUCUGUGCACAGGCUGCCCGACGCUCUAGACUUCACUCAGGGAGCCGCCAUAGGCAUCCCUUACUUCACUGCCUACAGAGCUCUGUUUCACAAAGCCCACGCCAAACCAGGAGAGACGGUCCUCAUCCACGGUGCCAGCGGAGGGGUGGGUGUAGCAGCGUGUCAGCUGUCCCGUGCUCUGGGCCUGAAGGUGCUGGGAACAGCAGGGACACCAGAGGGAAUGAAGAUGGUUGUCAGCAACGGAGCUCAUCUGGCCUUCAAUCACAGAGAGCAGGGUUACACAGACAAAAUCAUGGAAGCUACCGAGGGGCGCGGUAUUGAUGUGAUUGUAGAGAUGCUGUCAAACGUCAACCUCAGUAAGGACCUGCAGAUGCUGGCCUAUGGAGGACGAGUUACGGUGGUGGGCAGCAGAGGCUCAAUAGAGAUCAACCCCAGAGACACCAUGAUCAAAGAGAGCAGCAUCAUGGGAGUGGCCCUUUUCUUCGCCACGCCGGAGGAGAAGAACGAAUGUGGGGCGGCGCUGUACUCUGGGAUGGAGGCCGGUUGGCUGCGUCCGGUCGUCGGCCGCCAGUAUCCUCUGGACAUGGCUGCCCAGGCCCACCAUGACAUCAUUGAGUGCCCCGGGGCCACUGGGAAAAUGGUGUUGACCAUGUGAGCGACUCAAGGGUCAAAGUUCACCGCAUGGGAGGCAUGCUGGGACUAACCAGUGUGGGUUUUUUAAGGUUAAGUAGGUGGUUGGACUGUCGGCUGGCUUCCCACAUGACAAGAGCACUAACAUGUUUCUCAUUCAGUUUAAAACUCCUGAUGUGGACAAAGUUGAUCCUCUCAUUGGAAAGUUACAUGCACUUUUGCUUAAUUGAUGAAGAUGAUUUUCUUCUGACUAUGGAAAAUGGAAAGAAGUUGUUGAUUUUAUUUGCACUUUACAUUAUGAAUGAGUGUGAAAGUUUGUCAAGAGAUAGUGGCUGGAAAUCAAAUGCUUUCAAAUGUCUUUAAAUUUCACUAAAUUCACCUGUGCUUUC